CAAGACGCUGCUCAGACCCCCUGACCCAUCCGUUUCGAUCGAGCUCUUCGACAUGGGUUAUCUCGUCAAACUCGCCUGUGGUUUGCUGCUGCCACUGGCGACGGCCGACGUCAAUCUCGCACAGCAGCCGUUUGGUGAAUUUGAAUGGCAGCCCAAGUUUGACACGCCGAGCGGGGACCACACAUCGUGCGCCGUCAGCCGCCUGAGUGCGUAUGAGGUUGGAGAGGGGCCCGUCUCCUUUUCGCUCUCCCCGACCGAACAUCCCGAAAUCCCCAAGCUGUCGACAAUCAACAGCACGGUAUGGGAGCAGUGGGAGUUUGACGCGGUCUCCGAGUCCGGAACGGGGAGCGUGCUCAUGGGCUUCUCGAGGGAUCCGUCGUAUAGCUUCUUCGGGCAGGGAAACCUGCGUGUCGAGUUCUACAUGACUCUUGAGGACGGCACUCGCAUCCAGGAGCUCGAGUAUACCGAGAGUUCGACAGUGAUCGACUGUCCCGAUUCGAUACGGGGCAUCUGGAACAGCUCGGAUCGGUCCUACGCUUUCGAGAUCUCGAGAGACAUGCAGAGAGCCAGAGUGUGGUGGGACACAGGCCGCGAAAAGGGGUCCAUCGCAAUCGAGUCCACCACGACGCCGCAUCUGGCCGACGGGGAGAUCUGGCCACCGGAGGAGGGCGAGUCCCGGGUGAAAAAGAGCUGGCCCUCGGUCAAGCUGUCGCCGGGGCUGUAUAUGAGCCAACCGAUCGCCGGUGGGAAGGUGACUGCUCACGUUCAGAUCGGCAAAAAGACCAUGAGCAUCACCGGCUACGGAGCCCACUCCCGGUUGUGGGCGGAAAACAGUUGGUUCAAGAUCUGUCGCGGCUGGCAGAUCAUGCGCGGGUUCCUCGGCCCCUACACCAUCUCCUACUGGCGCCCACUGUCGAGGCUGGACGACUGGGUUCCGUACUUCGCCGCCCAUCUCUUCAAACACGGCCGGCUCGUGUUCACCUCUCAGGUUGGCGCGCCCUCCCAACAAGUCGAUUAUACGCAGUUCCACUCCGACUUUAGCGGCAACGUCAGCGGGAGCUUAGCAGACAAGGCUACGGGCCGGGUUCUAGAGUUUGUAUCCCCCUCCACAGGAAAGACGUGGCGCUUCCACCACCGUCAUUUCGCAAAAAUGUUCGAGAUGGGCUUUGGAGGCGGGAGAGGCCUGACCGGAUUUCUGGAUGAGAUAGUAGGGGGCGAGGUAGGCACGGACGAGGAAUUCACUGGCAGAGGAUUUUCGGAGCAGGUUCUGCUUCCGGACGAGAUCAAACAGUGGCAGAUUUGGGUGGUUUACGGCAUCGGGUUUCUUGGACGGUGGAAGAAUACAGUGACAAAUCUUGUAUUGUCUAUCUGGUGAGAGAGAGGGGGAAUAGGUACUCGAACAACUUGGGUUGAAAUGCAAAAACAACGACGUAGUUGACCGUGCGGGGGAUUCUGAGCAAGUACCUAACUUAAAGAUAGCCACCAACCACCAGUUCUCACAU